CGACCCGGAAGCCGCCGUGGCCACCGGACAGGCUGAAGUUGCCUCUCGGCUGCUGAGCUUCGUGUGGCACCGAGUCCUUGGGUCGGCGGCGUUCUCCUCCCUCGGUCGCCACUGGCCCAUGAGUCCCCAUGGCGACGGCAGGGGUCAGGUCCAGGAGCGGGCAGUCCGAGUGGGGCCGCGGCGCUCCGGGGGCCUCUGCGGCGGCUUGGCCGUGUUCGCCGCCGUGGCCGCCGUGUUCACGCUCACGCUGCCCCGCUCGGUGCCGGGGGGAGACUCGGGGGAACUGAUCACAGCUGCAUAUGAGCUUGGAGUUGCCCAUCCUCCUGGCUAUCCUUUGUUCACGCUGGUGGCUAAACUGGCAAUUACACUGUUUCCUUUUGGUUCAAUUGCCUACCGCGUCAAUCUUCUCUGUGGCUUAUUUGGAGCAGUAGCUGCAUCGUUACUUUUUUUCACCGUUUUCAGACUUUCUGGCUCAUCUGCUGGAGGAAUCCUUGCUGCGGGGGUGUUUUCAUUUUCUCGUCUAACAUGGCAGUGGUCCAUUGCAGCAGAGGUUUUUAGCUUAAACAAUCUGUUUGUGGGGCUGCUUAUGGCUCUUACUGUACAUUUUGAGGAAGCAGCAACUGCAAAGGAGAGAUCAAAGAUAACUAAAAUUGGUGCUUUCUGCUGUGGCCUCAGCUUAUGUAACCAGCACACAAUAAUACUCUACGUUUUGUGCAUAAUACCUUGGAUUCUCUUUCGACUUUUAAAAAAGAAGGAACUCUCCCUGGGCUCUUUGUUGAAGUUGAGCCUGUACUUCUCUGCUGGUUUGCUGCCCUAUGUCCACCUUCCCAUCUCAUCUUACCUUAAUCACGCCCGGUGGACCUGGGGAGACCAGACAACACUGCAAGGAUUUUUGACACAUUUUCUCAGGGAAGAAUAUGGAACCUUCAGCCUGGCCAAAUCUGAAGUAGGAUCCAGUAUGUCUGAAAUACUACUUUCUCAGGUCACAAAUAUGAGGACCGAACUCUCAUUCAACAUCCAGGCCCUUGCAGUUUGUGCAAAUAUAUGUUUAUCAAGAAAGGACAGGCCGAAUCCAUCAUUAGUUUGGCUUUUUACCGGAAUGUUUUGCAUUUAUUCAUUGUUCUUUGCUUGGAGAGCAAAUUUAGAUAUUUCAAAACCACUUUUCAUGGGUGUGGUGGAACGAUUCUGGAUGCAGAGCAAUGCAGUAGUGGCUGUCCUCGCUGGCACUGGUUUGGCCGCACUUGUGUCUGAGACUAACCGAGUGCUGAAUAACAGUGGGCUUCAGUGUCUGGAAUGGCUUUCUGCAACUCUUUUUGUAGUUUACCAAAUGUAUUCUAAUUACAGCGUUUGUGACCAAACGACCAACUAUGUGAUUGAUAAAUUUGCAAAGAACCUUCUCACCUCCAUGCCUCAUGAUGCAAUUAUCUUACUCAGAGGAGAUUUGCCUGGGAAUUCUCUCCGUUACAUGCAUUACUGUGAGGGAUUGAGACCUGACAUUUCCCUAGUUGAUCAGGAAAUGAUGACUUACGAGUGGUAUUUACCCAAGAUGGCAAAGCACUUGCCAGGUGUCAACUUUCCUGGGAACCGGUGGAAUCCUGUGGAAGGAAUAUUACCUAGUGGAAUGGUCACAUUUAAUCUUUAUCAUUUUCUUGAAGUAAAUAAACAAAAAGAAACGUUUGUUUGCAUAGGAAUUCAUGAAGGUGACCCAUCCUGGAAAAAGAACUACUCACUUUGGCCAUGGGGGUCUUGUGACAGAUUGGUUCCUUUGGAGAUUGUAUUCAACCCCGAGGAAUGGAUUAAACUUACAAAAAAUAUCUAUAACUGGACCGAAGAAUACGGAAGGUUUGAUCCGUCUUCUUGGGAAUCUGUGGCCAAUGAAGAAAUGUGGCAAGCAAGGAUGAAAACACCGUUCUUCAUCUUUAACCUGGCAGAAACUGCUAACGUGCCUUCGGCAAUGAAAGCUCAACUCUACACUCAAGCAUAUGACCUUUAUAAGGAGAUUGUCUAUUUACAAAAGGAGCACCCAGUGAAUUGGCACAAGAACUAUGCCAUCGCCUGUGAGCGGAUGCUGCGCCUUCAGGCACGAGAUGCCGACCCUGAAGUCCUGUUAUCUGAAACCAUCAAACAUUUUCGCCUGUAUUCUCAGAAAGCACGGAACGAUCCACAGCAUGCUGAUAUUUUAGGUGCUAUAAAGCACCUAAGAAAAGAACUGCAAAGUCUGAGAAGUAGGAAAAACGUCUGAGACAGCAAAACUUGAAAAACCUGCUUGUCAUUCAGCUUCCAAAAUUCUGAAGUCCCGAAGUUUUUCCUUCAAGAAAAGAAACUGCAUAAAACAUUUAAAACUGAGUCAUCUCUGAGAUACAAUCAUCUCCCAGAUAUAGGUAACAUGGUCCAGCAGGACUGUUUCAUGGGGUGUUGAGUGACUAAGAUCUCCCCACUCAUGCAAAAUUCUGUUUAUCCCAUGUUACCAAAUUAACAUUUCAGUGAGAAGCUUUUGAAACGUCUUCUGACUUUCAGUCUUUCACCAGAUGACUGUGCUUUACUAGAUUCUAGAAGAGAAUGAACUAUUUUCAUAUAACUAAAUAUUGACCAUGAACUGUUUAAGGGCCAUGCUUAUUGGGAUCAGUUUUAAAGGUUAAAAUUUUUUCAUAGUAAUACCAGACCAAAGACAUUUUAUGUUUUCUGGAAAAAAAAAAAAAAAUGAAUCUUACUAGGCUUUAGGUGAGAGUACAUUUUUUACAAAGUAGCUAUAGUUGUUAGUCUUACACUUCAAGCUAAACACCAAGUGGAUGAUACUUUGAAAAAAGUUUGUGUUUUAUUGUCUUAGAACAUUCUCUGAAAUCAAAAAAAAAAAAAAAAAAAAAAAAACUAAUUUGAUGUUUGCUUCUUUCAGUUGCAGAAACUGAUUGGCAAGUAAAAAGGAUUUUGCAUUUACUUAAUUUUAUAUUUAUGUUUUACUUCUAUUUGAACUCAGAGAUCUAGGCCCAAUAAUUAGUAGGCUCCUGCUGCCAAAAUGCAAAGGGGAAAAAAAAAGGCAGGGACUGGGGGGGAUGGGGAAGGGGCUCAAUAAAUUCAUUUCUGUUACAAGCAUCUUUUAUACAUAUUACUAAAGAGAACAUAGUAAGAAAUGCAAAUAAUAGUUCUUUAUUUUAUUAUGACAGUUAAUUAAUAGCAACCUGUUUUAAUGAAUAAAGUCACUCAGAGUCCUUCAGCACUUCCUAAGUAGAGGCCAGAAUCUGUAGGACUUCUUUUCCCCCCAAUUGUAUAGCUCCUAGACUCCAAGCACUAUAUAGGCCCCUGUAUAGAAAUGCUCACUAAUGAAGAGGGAGGGCUAGAAGCUUGUCUGCAUUCAAAGAUCACUGGCGAGUCAUUCAGCAAGAAAAGGCCCCUUACCAGGAAUAGUCACAGUUCCGUGGCAUUGUACUAGCAGAAGGGUCUGAUCAAAGGUCUCCUGUGGAGCUUGCAUGGUUCCCUUUCAUACUACGACCAUAAUUAAAACCACUAAUUCUCUUUUAAAAUGCUGCAGGAUGCCAUGUAGGCAUCUGUCUGGAGUGUCCUUUGUGAUGUCAUAAGCUGUUAAGGACCAGUGCCGAGGGCUUUUGAGUGAAAUGCCAGUCAUGAAGGUGCUUCAAGACAAGGGUGCCUCUAAAAGCUUGACAGGGCCUUGACUGCACAAUUCGAGCUGAAUUUGCCCCUUGUCAGCUGCCAGUAAAUACAUCUCAAAGGGGGAAAAGCUGAAGUUUCAUUACCUGAUCCAUGGGGCUUUGUUGGUUUUGGCAUCACACAGGGGAAGCUCUUGCCCCUCCAUUCUCUGGAUUUGAAGAUGUCCAUUGGAGCCUGCAGUGCCUGGACAGGGUUCAGAGCGGAACCUUUUGAAGAGUGUCAAUAGUUGUAACAGUUCAGCUGUUAGGAAGACAAAUAAAUGGAGGAGCUCAUUAAUCCGCUUUUGGCUCUCGGUGCCUUUUGCCCUUUUAUCACAGCCUUAUUAGGCUCCUACUCAUCUUGAACCAGAAAAAAAUGAAUUGAAGUUGUUGAGUACUAAUUGGCAAAGACUUUUAAUCAUGGGCCAAGAACUUUCACUGACUUGAAAGUAACUUCUCCACAGGGAAGAACCGAAAACCUGGUUUACCUUAAAACAAAAACCUGUUGGAGUUCAGCGUGGUGUAAAAAUGUAAGGAAGCGUUGAUAAAUUGUCUAAGUUUAUCCAUUUGAAAGAAAUUGUUUAAGAUUAUGAUAUUCUUUUCUUUUAAAAAAAAGUACAAUAAAAUUCAGACAUUCCUUAG